AUGACACUUACGAAGCAACAAGUGCAGCUUAUAUCGCAGCACCCGCUCAAUGAUACACUAAAUCGAUUUCGAGACAAGCUACAUGAUUUUGAAGAAUUGCACCAUGCACGACAGGACGAUAUCGCAAACCUCUUACUGGCUUUGGUCGGUUCUACUGCAGCAUUUAACCUGCCCUGCCCCGACGGAAGAGACAAUGUGGCAGUGAGGCUCUUAUCUAUAAAGCAACAUGUUCCAGGACUGAGGCUCGAGCUGUUCUGCCCUCUAGUUCGCUGCAUAAUCGGCAAGGCUCCCGACGUCGACGUCUGGGAUGCGGUUCUCAAACUCAUCGAAAAACUCAGCGCCUUCACACCCCCUCCAUCAAGCAUUGCCCCGACAUUCAAAGGCACACCUGUCAAGUCCAGCUCGAGCCGACUUGCGGACAGCGAAACGCGCGAUAUCGUCGAAGGGGAGCUCUUCGAGGAAAUUAAAUCUUGCACAUUCCGCAAUGUGCAGGGAUUUUGCGACAAGUUUUUCGAUCCCAAGACCUGGCGCAGAGAACAGAAAACAAUGCUGAGGGCGAUACUGACAGCACAUGAUGGAAAGACAUGGACAGAAUUUCCCUCCACUCCCGACGAAAAACCCGUCUGGGAUUGGCUUUGGUCACUGGAACAUCGCUUCUUAACUGGUGCACCACACAAGCUUCAUACCACCAGAACUGCCAACCAGUUUAAGGAACGGAAAGGCCAGAUGGAUAUCUUCUGGCAAACGCCAGCCACGAACGCGAAUGAUGCGUUUGAGUACAAACAGGUCCUCGUAGUUGGAGAGCAAAAGAAGUCAUACGACACGGGCAGGUUCAAGGCUACCCUCCUCCAGCUCGCGCGAUAUGUGCGAGGCGUUUUCGCCGACCAGCCGACACGCCGAUUCAUUCACGCAUUCUCACUCUGCGCUUCCACGAUGGAGCUCUGGGUCUUCGACCGCUCGGGGCCAUACAGCUCGGGACCUUUCGACAUUCACGACGAGCCGGAUAAGUUUGCGCGUGCUGUCGUGGGUUAUGCCACGAUGGAUGAAGAUGCGAUGGGCCUUGACACGUUCAUCGAGCGAAGUGAUGGGUGUCGUCAUGUCACACUGGACGAUGCAAGCGGCAGUGAAAUGAGGAUUAGACUGGACAAGGCAAUGGUCAGGCAGCGGGCCAUCGUGUGUCGCGGAACUACCUGCUACGAGACCCAGAACAGCCAAGUCGCGAAGUUCUCAUGGGCAUCGGAUAAGCGGAAGCUAGAAGCGGAACAACUGAGAUUAGCUGAACAACGGGGCGUCAAAGGCGUAGCCAGACUGGUAGCGUAUCGCCAGAUCACUACCAUUGCAGAGCUGCGGGAGGGCCUGGAGUUCCCCGAGCGCCACCCAUUCCGGGGAGAGUCUGUUUGCUUUGAAGAUCCGUCGUCGGCCACGGGAAGCACAAAUACAUCAAGCCACAAGCGCAAGUCAUCGUCUGAUAACACCUCGGACAAUGCGUCCGAACCUAAGAGGCGGCGGUCCAACAGCCAGAAGUCGAAGCUGGCCACGGAGUUCAACGACGAGUUGUCGAUCGGCAAGGCUAGGCCGAGCCUGUACACGCCAGGCGAGGACCCGUGGGAGAACAGGAUUUAUUCCUGCCUCCUCGUCUCACCAGCAGGCCGAAUCAUAAGUGAGUUCAUGACGAUCAAGGAACUGCUGGAGUCGAUGCGCGAUGCGAUCAAGGUACACCAGUCUCUGUACAUUGCUGGCGACAUUCUCCAUCGCGACAUCUCCUCGAACAACAUUAUUAUUACAAAGCCCGAGACUGCGGAGGGCUUCAAGGGCAUGCUCAUCGACCUUGAUCUAGCUAAAGUGAGAGACAGUGGCCCAAGCGGAGCGCGGCACCAAACCGGCACGAUGCAGUUCAUGGCAAUCGAAGUGCUACGGACAGCCGAUCACACCUACCGUCAUGACCUUGAGUCGUUCUUCUAUGUCCUACUUUGGAUGUGUGCGCGCCAAUCUUGGAACAAUGGAUUUGGUGGUAAGGAGGAGCCGCCUAGGGACAGCAUCUUGCGGAAAUGGGAGAUUGGAACAUUUAAGCAUAUUGCGAACGCUAAAGUGGGCCAUAUGACCGUGAAUGGUCUUGAAGAGGUUAUGGACGAGUUUCCAGACAUAUUUCAUGUCGUGAAGCCGCUUUGCCUGAAGAUGCGGUCCAUAUUGUUUGGAGAAACAGCAAAGCUGAACAUCGGAACUCCUAGUGACCCCAACGAACUCUACAGAGCCAUUAUCACAGCUUAUGACGAAAUUAUUGAUGUGCUACUAAAGAAUUAA